AACCUAGCUACCUUGAAAAUGAUGUCCUUGCGCUGCGCUAAAGCCCACUUACUGGUCUCCGUGUCAUUAGCUUACUGUGUUGUGCAUUGCAUUGCCCCUUCAUCACAUCAUCAACAACAUUCACUUCAAUUUCUGAGUGAGUAAAUGGUGCGUAAUUUUCUUCUCAUUGCAAGAUUAACUACAUCAUUCACACACCACAGAAGUAACCCGAUCCAAUUGGGUUCUCUUCUGCAACACAAACACAAUGCAUCAUUUUUUUUCUUCAAUUCCUUCACUUCAGGAAUCUCUUCUGAUGCUGAAUCAGACGAUGAAAACCACCACAAAGGUGACACCUUUACUGUGUCUUACCUCAUCAACUCAUGGGGAUUGUCCCCAAAACUAGCCAGUGAACUCUCCAAUAGGGUCAAUUUGAAAAACCCAGAUGGCCCAAAUGCUGUUAUUAAUCUUCUCAACAAAUAUGGGUUUGAAAAAACCCAUCUUGCAAAACUUGCGGAGAUAAAGCCCUCCGUCAUUGCUGCAAAUGCAGAGAAUACCCUUUUGCCGAAACUCAAGUUCUUCCGUUCUAUUGGGAUUUCCAACGCUGACAUGCCUAAAAUCCUAAUUGCUAGCCAUCAUAUGUUGUUUAGAAGCUUGGACAAAUGCCUCAUUCCACGGUAUGAGAUUCUAAGUAGUUUACUUCGUGACAAAGGGGAAGUUGUUAGAGCUUUGAAAAAUGCCCCAUUUGGUUUUACGUAUGUUGACAUGAUGACACACUUGGUUCCAAACAUUAGGGUUUUGAGGGAAUCUGGCGUGCCUCAAGGUUCCAUAUCUUACCUGUUGAUGCAUUCUGGGACUCUAGCCUACAGGGACCAUUCCAAAUUUGUGGAAGCUGUUAACACUGCUAAGGAAUUUGGGUUUAAUCCUUUGAAAAGAACUUUUGUCGUGGGUGUUGAAGUUCUUGCCAAUAAGAGCAAAGCAGUAUGGGAAUCAAGGUUUGAGGUUUAUGAGAGGUGUGGCUGGAACCGCGAAAUAGCUCUUGGAGCAGUUCGAAAGUUUCCCAGUAUUGUGAAGUUGUCAGAGGAAGUGUUUAUAAAAAAAAUGAGUUUCCUAGUGAAGGAUAUGGGUUGUUCAUCAGAAGAUAUUGCUGAAUAUCCUCAAGUUGUAACGUACAACUUGGAGAAGAGGAUUAUCCCUAGAUUCUCGAUAAUCAAAAUGUUGAAAUCAAAAGGUCUGCUCAAGAAAAAUUUGCACUUCAGUGCCAUUAUUUGCAUAACCGAGGCAAAUUUUUUGGAGAAAUUUGUCAUCAAUUUUCAGAAAGAUUUGCCUUUCUUGCCAGAUUACUACAACAGUUUGGCAAAUCAACAGAAUGUAUUAUAGGCUUUGAAGGCUUUUGCUGAAUAAUGAGCAAUGAAGCACAAAGGAUGCAGCACAAUUUAAUGCUUCAGAUAUGAGUUUGUCACUUUGAAAAGGGGUGAGUUAUUCAUGAAUUACAGCAAAGCGUACCGCUCCACUAAUAUGAUUGAUAGAUUAUAUGAAUAUCAAGUUUGUUGAUUUGUUUCCUAUAUUUCCUUCCUCCGAGAGUGGACAGAGUACGUACUUUCAUUAAGUAUGCCUCAGUUAUUUUUGCUCAAGUUGGCUGUUAUGUUCUUGCCCACUUCUCAAUUUAGGUUGGCACAAAGCUUGGUAAUUUUACUGCUACCUAAUGUUAUACCAUUAUCAACAUAUCAUGUGUUCUGAGAAAUAUGAAAGUGAAAGUAAAAGUAAAUUACGAUUUAUUCAGUUGUUAAUAUUCAAUUUUUAGUAUCUAUAUUUGUACAGUGUUUUCCCCCCUAUCAUCUUGUGCAUGUAUUGAUUUACAAUGUUAUGAGUGUGAUUUUUGUACCAUAAAGGAGAGAAGCUACAGGGAAGCCUGAACUGAAAGCAAUAUACAUUUAUGCUUGAUAAUAUGAAUUCAGUUAGAAAUUCUUAUUUUGA